CCGCAAUCAACGCCCUCAGAUUGGCUUUGGUCAGAUACAGCGAACACUCGCCUACCGCCGUCCCGAACCGUGCCAUUCUCGCCUGGGCUCCUCUUCGCCUCGCACGUUUGCCUGCUAUCUUACGAUCUAGGCUGCUCCCCGGUACAGUCCUCAAAAGUUCAUCUCCUGGUCUGCGCUGGCCCGAGGUAACCCGCUACUCCUACUGUGACCUAAGCGCUACUCUACGAUGGCGAAUGCGAUAGCGAAGAACAAGAUGAAGCUCGCGGUGCUCACGUCUGGCGGAGACAGCGCGGGUAUGAACGCUGUGGUGCGCGCGGUGGUCAAGGCUGCCAUUAUCAAGGGAUGCGAGACCUGGAUCGUCCGGGAGGGCUACGAGGGCCUCGUACGCGGGAAUGGCGACAGUGGCGAUCAUCGUCGCCAGAGUCUGGCCGAAAAGACACUCACGAGCCCGCGAGAGCUCAAGACCCCGGAGGCACCUGAGGAGGGUUUCGUGCACAAUCUGCGCUACGGCGAUGGAGAGUUAUUGAAGGACGGAACAAGCGAUCACCCUGGAGGGAGGACCCUCAAGGGCCGCUACAUCGUGCGCGUGGGCUGGGACGAUGUGCGGGGCUGGUUUUCGGAAGGUGGAACGCUCAUUGGCACCGCGCGCUCGGCUACGUUCCGGACCCGCGAGGGCCGCCUCACCGCGACGCACAACAUGAUCAAAGAGGGCAUCGACGCGCUCGUCGUCUGUGGUGGAGACGGCUCGCUCACUGGGGCGGACGUCUUUCGCGCCGAGUGGCCUGGGCUCGUGAGCGAACUGCGCCAGACUGGCAAGAUCUCCGAGGAGCAGGCGGCGAGGCACGCGCAUCUCAAGAUCGUUGGGCUCGUUGGCUCGAUUGACAACGACAUGUCCAUGACGGACCUGACGAUCGGGGCGCCGACUGCUCUACAUCGGAUUUGUGAGAGCAUCGACAAUAUCAACUCAACGGCGUACUCGCACUCGCGCGCGUUUGUGUUGGAGGUCAUGGGGAGGCACUGUGGUUGGCUCGCACUCAUGGCUGGCGUCAGCUGUGGCGCCGACUUCAUCUUCAUUCCGGAGAGCCCUCCUGACGCCGACCACUGGGCCGACGAGAUGUGCAAGAUGAUCCAGAGCCACCGAGACGUGGGGAAGCGCAAGACGAUUGUCAUUGUUGCCGAAGGCGCACUUGACUCUAAGCUUCAGCCCAUCCGCUCCGACCACGUCAAGGACAUUCUGUCCGAGCGCCUUGGCCUCGAUACCCGUGUCACGACCCUCGGCCACACACAGCGUGGAGGCAGGCCGUGUGCCAUCGAUCGGAUUUUGCCGACGCUGCAGGGUGUCGAAGCCGUCGAAGCUCUGCUUAAGGCAACUCCAGAAACGCCGUCAUACAUGAUUGGAGUGCGGGAGAACAAGAUCACCCGUGUGCCGCUGAUGGACGCGGUCAAGAUGACCCGGGAAGUUGCAGAUGCUAUCAACGAGAAGGACUUUGAGAGGGCGAUGUCACUACGUGACCCGGAGUUCCGCGAGACUCUGGAUGGGUUCUUCGCUACCUCAGUGCUGGAGAGCGAACCCAGGCUUCCCCACCACCUCCGUAUGCGCAUCGCAAUCAUGCACGUCGGCGCACCCGCCGGAGGCAUGAACGCUGCCACCCGCGCCGCAGUGCGCUACUGCAUCCGCCAGGGCCACAAGCCCUUCGCGAUACACAACGGCUUCGUCGGCCUGCUCGACGACAACAUUCACCAGCUCUCCUGGCUCGGGGUCGACAAUUGGACGACGCGCGGAGGCUCUGAGCUCGGCACGAAUCGCAAGUCUCCUGAUAUCGACCUAGGCGCGAUCGCGGCCAAGUUCCAGCAGCACAACUUCCACGGGUUCAUCAUGAUCGGCGGCUUCGAGGCGUUCAGCUCCUUGCUGAUACUAGAGCAAGGAAGGAAGCACUACCCGGCGUUCAACAUCCCGAUGGUGCACCUGCCUGCGACAAUCUCGAAUAACGUGCCGCUGACGGAGUUCAGCCUGGGAAGCGACACGAGCUUGAACGCGCUUGUGGAUGCAUGCGACGCGAUCAAGCAGAGUGCGUCGGCGAGUCGGAAUCGGGUGUUUGUGGUUGAGACGCAGGGUGGGCAGUGUGGGUAUAUAGCGACGAUGGGCGCGCUUGCGACGGGUGCAUGCAUCGUGUACACGCCGGAACGAGGCAUUGACCUAGAUAUGCUUCGAAAUGACGUGAAGUACUUGAAGAGGAGGUACGCGUUGGACGCGAAGGGCAAGAACGAAGGUCGCCUGGUUAUCAGGAACGAGGUGGCGUCGACCGUAUACACCACGGAGGUGAUCAUGAAAAUGUUCAAGGAAGAGGGCGGGUCGCUCUUCGAUUCACGCUCGGCUUCGCUCGGCCAUACGCUCCAGGGCGGCGUGCCCUCGCCCACGGACCGGGCGCGCGCGGUGCGCCUCUCGCUGAAGUGCAUGAGCUUUAUCGAGCAACAGCAUCAGCUGCUGCUGAAGCAGCAGAGCCGGACGAAGCAGGCGUCCCCGGAGAGCGCGGCAGUCAUUACGAUUCAGGGUACAUCCGUGAAAUGGGUGCCGGUGCAGGAGAUGGUCGAGCACGCGGACAUGAAGAACCGGAGAGGGAAGCACACGUGGUGGGAGCAGCACACUGAGCUCGUCGAGGCUCUCGUCGCGAGGCCGCAGAUAUUGGCGAAGGGCAAGAAGGAGCCGACAGGCUGAAGGCUACAGGCGCGCAGGAUAUCCCGAUAGAAGUUUGCAGAAGACAAGAGUAUAGACUGCAUUGUAUUCGGCAUUGUGGCCACAGGGG